GAAAGCGAAGCGGCAAUGGCUUCAGCCGGUCUGGAGAUCCUGGGGAUGAUCCUGACCGCAGCUGGUUGGCUGGGCGUCAUGGCCGCCUGCUGUCUGCCCAUGUGGAGAGUUGCAGCGUACGUAGGCCAGAACAUUGUGGUCACUCAGAUCGUGUGGGAAGGUUUGUGGAUGAGCUGUGUGGUGCAGAGCACGGGACAGAUGCACUGCCGGGUCUACGACUCCAUGUUGGGGCUCUCGGACGAUCUGCAGGCCGCUCGGGCGCUCUGUGUCGUGAGUGCACUGCUUGGUGUGGUGGGCAUGGCGCUGGCGGUGGCCGGGGCAAAAUGCACCAACUGCACCUCAGAUGCCGCAAGCAAGCCACGGAUCAUCAUGGCAGCCGGCGGGACGUUCAUUAUGUGUGGGCUGAUGCUGUUAGUGGCCGUGUGUUGGACAGCCAACGGCAUCAUCCUGGAUUUUCGCAACCCGCUCCUGGAGGAGACGCAGAAGAGGGACUUUGGCAACGCGCUAAUGCCAACAGUAGGUUUAGAGAUACUCGGAGUCACCCUAGCCUUAUUUGGUUGGAUUGUGGGAAUCGUGUCCUGCGCUUUACCCAUGUGGAAGGUCAGCGCUUUCAUCGGGGUGAACAUUGUGACGGCCCAGACCAUAUGGGAGGGAAUCUGGAUGAACUGCGUAGUGCAGAGCACCGGACAGAUGCAGUGUAAAGUUCACGACUCCAUGCUGGCCCUCAGCUCGGACUUGCAGGCGGCUCGGGCUCUGUGCAUCAUCUCUAUCGUGAUGGGAGUCCUUGGAGUUCUGCUCUCCGUCACGGGCGCCAAGUGCACGAGAUGCGUGGACGAGGAGCGCGUCAAAGCUAGAGUUAUGGUCACUGCUGGCGUCACCUUCAUUUGUGCUGCCGUCUUGAUUUUGAUCCCCGUGUGUUGGUCGGCUCACAGUAUCAUCAGGGACUUUUACAACCCCAACAUCAACGAGUCGCAGAAAAGGGAGAUAGGUGCAUCGCUGUACCUGGGAUGGGCAUCCACUGCCCUCCUGCUUAUUGGAGGGGGCAUUCUGUGUUGCAGCUGCCCCCCGGAAGAGGACAAAAGGUAUGGACCACCCAGCAGAAUGCUUUACUCUGCUACACGCUCUGCGGCACCCAGUGGUUUUGACAAAAGAGACUAUGUGUGACCAUGUUGACUUUGAUUUUCUUCACGCGUGUCUUUAACUAAGGCCGGAGCGUGAUGACGCAGGGGAUCGUGUUCUUGUACGUGUCUGCUGCGCUGCCUUUGCAAUGUUUUUUAUUGUCACAUGGAGUCUUUUGUUUGAUGAGGCGUCGUCGUUUUGUUACGAACAGUUUUGAAUUCCCAUAGUGUAAUUAUUUUGUAUUUUUUUCUUUUCUUAAGAGCAAUCUUAUUAUUAAGCAUAUUCAUAACCAUUUGUGUGCAGUAUUAUUAAUAAUCAUUUUGUUGCCAAUUAAAACAUGAUGAACAACUUAUUGUCAGUUUCUAUGUUUAAAUAAACCUUUUAUUACAUACGUCUA